ACUUGGGGCGCGACUUAUGGUCUCAGACGUUGGUGUGUUACCAAUUCAGUUAGUGUGGUAUAUGAGACAUAUUACAAGUGAAAAGUCCCCAUGCAACUUUGUUCUUUGAAAAUCUUCAAGAGGCAAUCGUUUGCGCAAGGCUUAUAUUAGAAUAUAUAUGGAACCUAGUUUUAGUUCCAAACAAAAAUUUAACAACUAGUUCCCACUAUCUAAAUAUAAUCAUAGUUCCCAGCAUAACUUGUAAACAGCUCUUACAUGCUUGGCUUCUCGGGCAGAUGUUAUGUAAACUAUAUAUCAUAGUAGGUUUAUCUCACCUUUACCGAAAAGAGAUGUAAGUAGUUGGUUUGAAUUUCGGUCUCAUAUUCAUAGCCCAUCUAUGUGCAGACUGAAGUCAACACCUUUCCAUCUUUCUAUGGAUUGGGUUCUUGAGAAUUAACACUACCAGCGUUAGUUAACUAAAAAGUUAAGUCUAGUAAUGAAAGUUAAUAUGUAGAUGACUCUAUCAUUAGUCUAUGUUAUAACUGGGGAAAGCAUGAGUAAUGCAAGGAUAUAAUUAUUUAAGAUGAUAAAAAGCAGGUUCUGUGCGUGUAUAUGAAUGUUUGUGCUUGCUAAUGAUGACUAUCCUGACCCCUGAAAUGUAUCCAUCAAAACAUUUGCAUUUAUUAUUUUUGUAUGGGUCGCUCAUUUUUUGUUUGACAUUUUGGACUACUCCACUGCUUAAUAAGCAUUAAAAUAUUGAUAAGCACGGCGUUCUUGCACUUCCGCUAUAAACAUAAUGAGCCCCUCAUACAUGUUAUAUAGUAAAAAAAAAGCUAAUUGUAGUGGUCUCUGAUCGACGAACGGUAGUCAUUAAACAUACGGUCAGCCCGCUUUGCGAGUCACUUCUCUCUUGAUCGAUCAUCUGACACUCUUGUUUCAUCAGAAAGUAGAGUUCGGUCCACUAAUUAGUUGUACGUGGCGUUCCAACCACUCAAAUAUUGUCACGAAUCCAGAUUCUACUUGGGUAUGGGCAACUGUGUAGUGCGACCAGCUUGCAGAAAAGUAUGGGCUCAAAUCUGAGCAGAUAAAUCUGUACCAGGUAAAUAAUUUACAUUCUAAUGUAUACGAGGUGUAAGGAUUGAAGCAAAACUGUUUGUAGAUGUAAUUCAGGAGAAUUUCCUUUUGACAAUUAAGUAGUACACUGUUAGUCUGUGGUUCUAAACUCUAUAUAGUAGCUCUUUGUAAGGCCCAUUUUCACCCUCCUCCCCCCGUAUGCUGUGCAUCAGUUGAAAUGGUCAACCGGAAUGCCUCCAUUCAUGUCACUUGUGUACCUAUGUUCCGUAUCAUCAUUCCAGAAUGUAAUGACUUAGUACCCUAUCACUAAACAUGAUGUAUACAUUUUAAAACUCAGGCACAGGUUCUUGUAUGCGGCGUUUAAUCACCUCUCUUUAUGUGAGGACUAAUGGCACAGCCAUGUCGCUCAAAAUGAAGUAGCUAGCCCCAGGUUUGAAUUCCUAGACCAGGGUUAUAAAGUCAGUUGCUCUAAAUAUUAACCCACUACUCCAUACAACUGAGACAAAAUGGGGAGAAAUGUAGUAAGACACCAUUUUGUUUGGCGGUGUAUUUGGAUAGUCAAUGAUAAUACUUAGUAUGUAAAGUUCAAGACAUUAAGGUACAGAUAGAUUUUUAUGUUCUAAAUGCUCAGUAAUACUAAUACUUGCUUGGCAUAUUGGCUGUUCUUAAAUAUCGGUAGUAUUCACUGAACGAAGUCUAACUCAUCCCUUAAACUGUUAUUGGUUGUACAUUGCUAACUACAAUGUUUUGUUCGUUAAUUGGACUCAAGCAUUGUUUCACAAUAAUCUUCCGAACAUUUAUUGUACUUUACGCUAAGAAACUUCAUCAGUUGAGAUGGCUUGGACAUGUGUUACGUAUGCACAACGACCGACUGCCUCGACGUGCGAUGUUCAGUGGUAUAGGAGUAGGUUGGAAGAAAGCUAGGGGCGGCCAGACCAAAACAUGGCACAAGUCCAUGAAGUCACUGACAAGUGGUCUGAGUCAUGUCGGUAGGUGUAGACUACCUGGUUGGGGACCGCGAGAUGAUAGCAACCGAUGGUUAGAGACCCUGAAUGACAUGGCUCAAAAUCGUUUGCAAUGGCACAGAAACCUGAUAUGUCUACAGGCAGCAGUACUCGUCGAACUGAAGUGACAAACGCCAAAGUACGAAUCAAAGCUUUUCCUCCUUCGAUAGAUGAGAGAUAUGCCAAUCAGUUAUGGGAUCAGAUUAAAAGUGCGAUAAUCGAGAUUCAAAAGAAAAAUAACAGUUGUUUGAGCUUUGAAGAACUCUAUCGCAAUGCGUACACUUUGAUAUUACAAAAACAUGGUGAACGUUUGUAUGCGGGGACAGAGGCUGUUGUACGUGAACAUAUGAUCAAGAUCCGCGAUAGUAUUGUUGAAAAUCUAAAUAAUAAGUUUUUAACUUACCUUAACUCAUGUUGGAAAGAUCACCAAACUGCUAUGGGAAUGAUUCGUGAUAUUCUUAUGUACAUGGAUCGUGUCUUCGUCGGCCCCCACAACCUGGAUGGAGUUUAUAAAAUGGGAAUGACUGUUUUCUGCGAUCUCGUCGUACGUUAUCCAAUUAUUAGAGAGCACUUGCAGAAAACUCUGUUGGAUAUGGUGCGCAGGGAACGCCGGGGUGAAGUAAUAUCACGUUCUCAGAUUCGCGAUGCCUGUCAGAUGUUUGUGCAGUUGGGGGCCGGAUCAUUACGUGUUUACCUUGAAGAUUUUGAACAGCCAUUUUUGGAGCAGUCAAGAGAAUUUUACCGCACAGAAAGUGAAAAUUUUCUUGCUGAGAAUACUUCUGCUUCCCUGUAUAUUAAAAAGGUCGAACAAAGAAUUGAGGAGGAAGUUCGAAGAGCACAUCAUCAUCUUGAUCCAUCCACGGAACCCAAAAUCGUCAUCGUAUUGGAAGAGGAGCUUAUAAGUCGACAUAUGGAAACUAUUGUCGGUAUGGAAGAUUCAGGUUUAACUUACAUGUUAACUCAUGAUCACUUCACUGAUAUCGCUGCUAUGUAUAGCGUUUUAAGUAGGGUUGAAGAAGGACCAAAAAUAAUGAGUAACUACAUUAGCCUGUACUUAAGAGAGCAAGGAAGAAAUACUGUACGUGAUACUGGGUCAUCAACACCUCAACAGCACAUUCAAGAUUUGCUUCAGUUACGUGAUCGCGCUAAUGAAUUACUAACGAGAGCGCUUAAUAAUCAGACAAUAUUCCGCAAUCAAAUUAAUUCUGAUUUUGAGUACUUUGUCAAUUUAAAUCCUCGUUCUCCCGAAUUUCUGUCAUUAUUUAUUGAUGAGAAACUAAAACGUGGCACCAAAGGUAUGGCAGACCAAGAUGUAGACGCCAUUUUCGAUAAGUGUAUUGUAUUAUUCCGAUAUUUACAGGAAAAGGAUCUAUUUGAAGGUUAUUACAAGAAGCAUCUUGCAAAAAGGCUGUUAUUAAGUAAAAGUCAAUCAGAUGAUCAAGAAAAGAUUAUGAUAUCCAAACUUAUGGCUGAAUGUGGUGCUGUAUACACAAGUAAACUAGAAGGAAUGUUUAAAGAUAUGGCAGUGUCUAAAACCCUCAUGGAUGAAUUCAAUGUAGUACUAUCUAAUGGUAACCGCAAUCUUAACCUAGAUCUGUGCGUUCGUGUACUAACUACUGGUCUUUGGCCUACUCAAGUAACUAAUUCUAAUGAAGCGUUACCAGAAGAAGCUGACACAGCGUUUGAAAUUUAUAAAAACUUCUAUUUAAGCAAGCAUAACGGUCGGAAAAUCAACCUGCAGACAAACAUGGGGUACGCAGAAUUGUCUGCUGUAUUUUAUGGUCGUCCUAAUGCAGAUAUCAAUACACCUCAGAUCUCUUCUGUUACUGAUUCUCAUACUCACAGUUUCCUUAUUCAUGGCUCCAGUUCUGCGUCUUCGAAUCAAACAAGUCAAAGUAGUCAACAGACGCCAAUCAGUGGAUUACCAGGAAGCCCAGGAGCUCCAAAGACACUUGAUCCUCCCAACUCAAUUAGUACUUCUAGUCGGUUGAAUGUACGAAAAUAUUUCUUACAGGUCUCCACAUAUCAAAUGAUUAUAUUAAUGAAAUUCAAUCGACGAAAUCGUUAUAGUUUUAUUGAAUUAGCGAGUGAAACAAAUAUUCCUGAACGUGAAUUAAAACGUAGUCUUAUGGCUUUAGCAUUAGGUCGUUGUAGUCAACGAAUUUUAUGCAAAGAACCUAAAACACGUGAUAUAGAGUCAACUGAUAUAUUCUAUGUCAAUGAUUCAUUUGUUUCGAAACAUAUUAAAGUUCGGGUUCAAAGUAUCACUGUUAAAGAAAGCGAACCAGAACGUCAGGAAACGCGGACAAAAGUAGAUGAAAAUCGACGUUACGUGAUUGAGGCAACAAUUGUGAGAGUCAUGAAAGCUCGUAAAACUUUAAGUCAUGGACAACUUGUUGUUGAAGUUAUUGAACAAUUAAAAUCGCGCUUUGUACCUACCCCCCUGAUGAUUAAACAACGUAUUGAAUCGCUUAUUGAACGAGAAUUUCUUGCUCGAUUAGAAGAUGAUCGUCGAGUUUAUAAGUACCUGGCCUAAUCUCAUUCUUUAAACCAAAUCUAAAUACAACUUGUAUCUUUCAAGUCCCAUCCUACCAUUCCUUGCGUCUAUUCUCUCCGCUGUCAAAAAUUUUCAAAUUACUCUUAUGAUGUGUUGCAAGAUGAUGAGCUUUAAAUAAUGAUCAGAAUAAAUCUGAUUGCUCAUUAUCAAUUAAUUGAAUAAAUCAAAUCAUUGUUUUCAAUUUACUACUACAAACCUAGUCUUCAUCAACUUACUACAGUUAAGUUAUCUAUGACUUUGUUUCCUUUGCAAAUCUCAUGCUUCCAUUUCAGUUUUUUUAUUAAACUACUAACCUUACUUACAUAAAUUAUAUAUGAUUCGUUAUUUUGUUUAUGUACAUAUUCUAAUUGCCUCACUCUUUUAAGUUUAUGCAUUCUAAAAUUGAUUCAUUUUAUCCUCAUUCAUAACUUUUGGAAAAUGUGGAAUCAAUGUUAAUUACUCAUUUCUUUGUUUCUUUCUCUGUUCAAAUAUGCAGUUACCCACAGUACUAAAUUAUAUCAUUUGGCUAAAAGCAUCUCCCUUGUUACAGUAAAUAAUACGAUUAUUAAUGCGACGGGCAACUUCACAUAUUUCGGUGAGUAAAUGAACUUACUUCUGAACAAGGAAUGAAGCAAUCGGCUGUGUCAAACAAUAUGUCUAAUUACUUCUUCAAUCUUAUCUAGUUUGUCUUAACUGUACACAUUUUGAGCAGUUAAAAUCUGCCAUGCAAUGAAUGCUUUUAUUUAUGGUGGAGUAUUUCUCCUUUUUGAGUUUUAGUCCUACAUAAAGCCCUGUCCACAUUAUUUUUUGUGUAAGCUACAUAUAUGUAUCCACUCAAGUAAGGCGUAUUUUCUCGCCAAGGUUAACUUUUCUCUCAAGGUUUUAUUUUCGUAUGUUUACUUUCUCUAGGUGUUGCUUUAAAUUGUAGCACAUAGUUUUGUGCAGUAUAUGUGUUUUUUUAGUGUAUUCAAGGUUUAACUUUAAAACUACUAUGAAUUCAGUGCUAUCCGUUAACUUGUUUUCUGUAUCAAUUGAUAUCUUGAAUCAAUCAGUUUAUCAGGGUGCACUGUACACUGUCUGCUAUUUAUCAAUGUUCUGAUAGUUGGUCAAAAUGAUACUAAUUUCUUUUCACUUAUUUUCUAAAUACGAGGUAAUUUUACCAUAAUUGUUGACCUCACAAACAACUCGGUCGCGUGAGCAUUUAAAAGUGCUAUGAGUUCGCAAUUAAAUUAAAGUAACAGCUAAGUCUAUAUUAUU